UGAACCUUGCAUGAGAGAAAUGUUUGAUUAAUAUGAAGUCAGACCGUAAAAAGUCUCCUGUCAAAGCUUUGGUGAAGACUCUGUUGAAUAAUUUAAAGAUGACUAUCAUUUUACUUGGGCUCGGCGUGCUGGGUUGCCAUGGCAGCAAUGCUUGCAUUAUUAAGUGGCCGUGUGAGUCUGACUGUAAAGCAGCUUAGGGUCUCAGUUGUUUUUAGAUGCGUUCAAAGGGUGAGGAUUAAACGCAGCAGUAAUCCAUGGGAAACAAAACCAUGCAAAUGGUCAUCUCUGAACAUCACAGAAGGAGCCAGAGCGCAGAGUCGUGGACCAUGUAAUGUCCUCGUGGUGUUCUGAUGGACGCAACGAUGCUGACCUCAGGACAGGAGAAGCCACAGAAGCGGGUGAGGUUCCGCGUGGCUUCAGGGAGCAGCGGCCGGGUGCUGAAGGAGAUGUUUAAAGAUGAAGGGCCGUCAGACUCCCUGGAUUCAGACUGCACCAGCAGUUCUGAUGCUGAUCGGGCCAGUACGCCGUCUACAAGUGGAGACACAAACACACACCACCUGUAUGUCUUCCUGGGUUCUGAGCUGGACGACAGCGAGAGCGAACCUGAUGAUCUGUUGCUGUACGCGGGGGCCACCAAAGACUGGAUGUUCACCACCAAGAGGGUCAACAUUUUGAGCAAAAACGGAACUGUGAGGGGCGUCAAGCACAAAGUCAGCGCCGGUCAAACACUGUUUGAAAACCUGCCCAAUUCCAACAGUAUGGAGUUAUCGCUUGAGUUUGGGCAGAUAGUGAUCUAUACUACAAGCUUCCGAGUCGUGCGGACCACAUUUGAGCGCUGCGAGCUGGUCCGAAAGAUCUUCCAGAACCACAGGGUGAAGUUUGUAGAGAAGAACAUCGCCCUGGACAGCGAAUAUGGAAAGGAAUUGGAGGAGCGGUGCAAACGUGUGGGAGAACCUCCAUCAUUACCAGUGGUGUUCAUUGAUGGACACUACUUUGGGGGUGCUGAAAAAAUACUUGGUAUGAAUGAAUCAGGAGAACUUCAAGAUCUUCUCACAAAAAUUGAGAGGGUUCAGCAUCUCCAGCCGUGCCAGACCUGUGGGGGCUUUGCCUUCAUCCCUUGCUCGAUGUGCCAUGGCAGCAAGAUGUCCGUGUUCCGCAACUGCUUCACGGAUUCUUUCAAAGCCCUCAAGUGCACUUCUUGCAACGAGAACGGCUUGCAGCCCUGCGAGAGCUGCAGCAAGUGAGGAUUCAAGUGCCGAACCCAACAUCCAUCCUUCCCCGAAACCUUAUGCAAGAAAGUGGAUGGUGAAGCGACACACGGCAGGACUCUUUUACAUCAAACAUUUCUAAUUAAAGCUGAACUUAUGGAGAUGGUGUUGUUGCUGUGUUUGUUAAACCUCAGCGAUGGUUUAGUGUACAAAUAGCAUACACCUGUUCAAUAAGGUAAUACUGUAUAUACAAGGAGGCUUUUUGUAGCCUCA